GCUAUACGUAAUCCCAUGUUUUCAUCGCGUCUUGGAGAGAGCUGUGUUUGGUUAGCGGAAUUCAAGCACAACACACUCGGAUACACAACGGUCGACCAUGGCAUCCGACUCCCCGCGCAGGCCGAGCCGCUGUGCCGGAGGGGUUAUAGUUCGAGCCCAGGCUGCUACGGAGCAGUCUUACAUGGAAAGUGUAGUGACGUUUUUGCAAGAUGUGGUCCCUCAGGCCUACACAGGGACACCUCCGACAGAUGAAAAAGAAAAGAUUAUGUGGGUUCGGUUUGAAAAAGCAGACGUCAAUGAUGUGGCGCGCUCGCCAGAGUUCCUGGAGCUGCAUGGCAGCGGUGUGGACCCACCUCUGUGUUUGAUGAUUGGUUAUGCAGACGGAAUGCAAAUCUGGAGUGUAUCACUCACUGGAGAAGCUCAGGAGCUCUUCUCUGUGCGACACGGUCCAGUGAGAGCUGCUCGUAUCCUUCCUGCCCCUUAUAUUAGUCGUCUGAACACUGACAGUUUCGCAGAGAAGCGGCCCCUCCUGGGUGUUUGCAAGAGCACGGGCUCCUCGGGGACCAGCCCGCCGUACUGCUGUGUGGACCUGUAUUCUCUAAGGACGGGAGAGAUGGUCAAGUCAAUUCAGUUUAAAACGCCUAUUUAUGAUCUACACUGUAACAAAAGGAUUCUUGUCAUCAGUCUUCAAGAAAAGAUUGCCGCCUUUGACAGCUGCACUUUUACAAAAAAAUUCUUUGUCACAAGCUGCUAUCCUUGUCCUGGUCCCAACCUCAACCCCAUAGCAUUAGGAAGCCGAUGGCUGGCCUACGCUGAAAACAAGCUGAUCCGGUGUCAUCAGUCCCGUGGCGGGGCAUGUGGAGAUAAUUCCCAGUCCUACACUGCUACUGUCAUCAGCGCUGCAAAAACACUAAAGACAGGGCUGACUAUGGUGGGUAAAGUAGUCACCCAACUUACAGGCACUCUGCCCUCCGGUGCCCCUGAUGAAGAGGGCACGACCCACAGCAGCACUCGCCGCAGCCCUCACCAGCCUGGCGUGGUUACUGUCAUAGACACACACACUGUGGGAGAGGGACAGGUACUUGUGAGUGAAGACUCUGAUGGUGAGGGAGUGGUCGCUCAUUUUCCAGCUCAUGAUAAACCCAUAUCCUGUAUGGCUUUCAACCCAAGUGGUAUGUUGCUGGUGACUGCUGACACAUUAGGUCAUGAUUUCCAUGUGUUUCAAAUCCUCACACACCCGUGGGCAUCAUCACAGAGUGCGGUUCAUCACCUGUACACCCUGCAUAGAGGAGAAACUGAGGCUAAGGUGCAGGACAUCUGCUUCAGUCCUGAUAGCCGCUGGGUGGUGGUCAGCACACUGCGUGGCACCUCACAUGUCUUCCCCAUUAACCCGUACGGUGGCGCACCGUGUGCCCGCACACACCUGUCCCCACGAGUAGUAAAUCGCGUGAGCCGUUUUCAGAAGAGCGCCGGCCUCGAGGAGAUCGAGCAGGAGCUGAAUAGCAAGCAGGGCGGCCGCUGCAGCCCCAUCGCCGGCCUCUCCAGCAGCCCGUCCACAUCCCCUCUACACGCCAAACUCAACAACCAAGAGUCCUAUAACAACUUCACCAACAACAACAUGGGGAAUCCGCGACUGUCCCCUCUGCCAAGUCUGACGGUUGUGGUGCCGCUGGCUCAGAUUAAACAGCCCAUGACGCUGGGUAGCAUCACCAAGCGCACAGGACCCUACCUCUUUGGGGCAGGAUGUUUUUCCAUUAAAACUCCAUGUAAAGCCAAGCCACCACCUCAGAUCUCUCCUAGCAAGUCUAUUGGAGGGGAAUUUUGUGUAGCUGCUGUGUUUGCAUCUUCACGCUCCUGGUUCAUCACCAAUCCUAACAUGAAGCGGGAAAAAGAUCAGUCUCGACAGGCCGUGGUCGACUCGCUGUACAUCGCAAGUUGCUACGGUACCCUGGUCGAGCAUGUGUUGGAGCCUCGGACAAUCAGCACAGCGCAGAAGAUAGGUGAUGACACACCUCUGGAGUUAAACACCUGCCCCAGAGCAUGCUGGACCUUGGCCAGAACGCCGCAGUGGAACGAGCUGCAACCUCCUUUCAGCAGCAGCCACCCCUUGGUGCAGGCCUCAGACUUGGUGCAGUACUAUCAGUGCCUCCUGGCUGGCUUGUUGCCUCCAGGAAGCCCAGGGCCAAUCACCAGGCAGGGUUCCUAUGACAGUCUGGCCUCAGACCACAGCAGCCAGGAGGAUGAGGAGUGGCUCUCACAGGUGGAGAUCGUGACCCACACAGGCCCUCACAGACGGCUGUGGAUGGGUCCUCAGUUCCAGUUUAAGACCAUUCACCCAUCAGGCCAGACCACAGUCAUCUCCUCCAGCUCGUCUGUGUUGCAGUCACAGGGGCCCAGUGAUACCCAGCAACCCCUUCUUGACUUUGAUACCGAUGACCUGGAACUGCACAGCCUCAGGAUCCAGCCUGUGCGCUCUGAGCCUAUGACCAUGCCUGGCUCAUCCUGUCUGAUUCCAGAGCGUGUAGGCCAGGCUACAGUCAUCGAUACCGGCUCAGGCACAUUUGACCACAGUGUGACCCUGCUGGAGGUGUGUGGCAGCUGGCCCGAGAGUUUUGGCUUGCGUCACAUGUCCUCUGUGGAUGCCACAGACGAAGGCUUGAGGGAGAGGCUUGCUGAAGCCAUGUCUGAGUCACCCAGCAGGGACAUAGUAGGCUCUGGAACAGCGGAACUGCAGAGAGAAGGCAGUAUCGAGACGCUGAGUAACAGCUCGGGCUCCACAAGUGGCAGCAUUCCUCGUAACUUUGAAGGUUACCGCUCUCCUCUGCCCACCAACGAGAACCAGCCACUCAGCCUUUAUCCCACCGCUUUCCCAUAGAACAGCUUCUCUUCAGUGAUAAGUCCCACCUUUCCAUCCCAUCGCAGGGAGCUUCUUCCCGUCCUCCGUCCAGAUGGAUGUCGUGGUGUGUUGUCUGCUCCUUUCACCCAACCAACAGUCAAGUGAAGAGCAAUGAAAAUCUUUUCACAUCAGGGUGGAAACAGAGAUAAGACCUGCAUGCAGGCUUUCAGUAAAUGUGCCAUUUGAUUCUUACUUGUGUUACUAACAUGUUGUCUUAUGCAGUGUAUAUGAGAGAAAACUUGCUGCUGCAAGUGAUUCUUGUGUAAAAGCCCUCAUAGCUGCCAGUUUAUCCCUCUCUCAAAUACAUUACAUUGAAUAGUUUGAAAAUUGCUUGCGUGCAGUAGAGACCAGGCUACAUGUUCAUGUCAUUGGGCAUUAGUGUAUUAAUGCCAUAGCUUCAUGUAUGUGUUUGUUAUUCAACAUAUUGUUUGUGUCUUGAUUCCCUCUCAGUCAAAGGUUUGGACACGUAAAUUAAAGAUUUAUUUUCUUUUGCCUAAAUGACAUUCUGAAAAGGCUUAAAGUUGUUUUAUUCCAUUUUGUUCUAUGGCAGAUUUAUUAUACAUGUAUACAUAUUUAAUUGUAUUUCUAAAUAAAGUUGUAAUAUUAAUGUUUUUUUGUUUGUUUUAUUUUUAAAAAUGUUUCCCCACAAGUUUUCACAUAGAACAAAUUGGAAAAAGCCUUCUGAUGUCGCUCCUUCAUAAAGACAACAGGAGUGUGCAAUGCUUUAUUACAAAAACACAGAACUCCAAUUGUAAAAUAGUGGGCACUUAUUGCACUUUUCCUGCUCGCUAUAUAACUCCAUAUCUGUUAUUUCAUUGUGUUACUAUCUAUAUUAUUAGUAGUAGAAAAUAGUAACUGUGUAGAGAAGGUGUGUCCAAGCAUUUCACUGCUAGUGUACUUUUAAUAGAAAGAUCAGGGCACAAGGCAUUUUAUGCAAACUAUUUUGACUUGUUGCUGAAUCUUAAUUUUGUUUUUGUUGUUUGUAUAACUAUAAUAUUUACAUUAAAUGUCAGUUUCCAUCAUACAAAAUUAUACAAACAUUGCAUUUAUAUCUCAUAAGAUAAAGCAUAUUUUCAGACUAUUUUAGUAUUUUAUAUUAUUACUUGAGGUGAUAGAAAUUACUUUUUUUUUCUUUUUUUUAAUUAUUUUUAGUGAUUACAAAUGUCAACUAAUACUGCUGUUUGUGUUAUAAUAUUGCAUACAAUUUCUCAGUAUAUUCGAUUCUCUGUUCCAUUACGUCCAUGAAUGGAUUAUUAUUGAUAGUAUUUUUUUUUUUAUUAAUUUUUGGACUAAAUCAUGUUCAUGUGACUGCCAUUGUGUGCUAUGUUCCAUGUUUGCAUUUAUGUUUUUUGAUUGCUGCAUGCUGAGCCACUUAUUUUCCUUGGUUUCCGUUUAAAAUUUUUAAGAUCUGUUUUUUGAACCAUCUUUACUCAACAUCUCUUUAGGUGUGUGAGGUCUGUGUGUAAUGUCUUGUUUAGAGGGAGUAAAUAACUGUGUAGCAAAUCUGUCUCUCUAAACAAACACAUGCGUGCACUCACAUAUCAGUUUGCUUCUUUAUGGCUUUUCUUAAGGAGCUAUUCUCUUCAGCUAAACUAGACAGGACAUAACAUGUCAGGACAUAAAGAAACUCCAGUGAUAUUGAUGAAGGUUUUGCUGUAAUAGCUUUCAGCUCAGUUUGUGGCGUAAUGAAAACUCUUACAGUUGGAUUGAACAGUGUAGCAACACUGAGGUGCAUGUGAUGUGAAGGGAUUGCUGGCCUCACUUGCUGAAUGAUUUACAAAGGUCAAUAUUGGCAUGACUAUAUUGCCAUGAAUGCAUUGCACAUGCUUUUUGUAAACUGCAGUAUGCUUUUAAACGACACUGAUUUAAUCCUUUUGAAUAUAAAUCCUUGCAAAUGAAAUGUUCUAUCAAAUGCGCAUUGCUUUGUGUCUCUUUACUUAAACGAUGAACUGUUCAUUCUGACCAUUUAUGGUUAUGUGUCAAUGCCAAUACUGAGCUAAGACACAGUAUGAAGAGAGAAUAAAUAAUUAAAGCAUUACUUAAACUA